AUGAACCAAAGAGGAACGAUGAACACCUAUGAUCAGCCUGGAAUGGGCUCAUCCAACAUUGAUGUGACCCUAGUAACAGAUAAUAUGGUGGGCCAAGUGACGAACUGGUCUGUCACCAAUGACACAGAUAGCGAUCACAGAGUGAUCAGCUUUGACGCCGCAAUGGCAACACCACGCCCUGAGCUUGGUAUUACAAGGUACCGUACGGAUAAGGCAGAUUGGGUCAAAAUGACUGAGUACUUGGUGAACAAUGUUGGGGACAUUGAUGAGCAGACUAUAGACAGCCAUGCGAAUAGCCUGGUAACGCUGCUAAAGUCUGCGGCAGACUCAUCUAUCCCGCGCACGAAAUCGACUGGCCACCCACCAGGAAGACAGGCAUGGUGGACCCCUGAACUGACCGUGUUUAAAAAGGCGCUAGAGAGGUCUCGAAGACUUGGACAGAGGAGUAACGAACCGGAGGUCUAUAGAGCGCACCGCAAUAAAUACCUCGCGGAGAUCAGAAGGGCAAAGAUGGCGACAUGGCAAGCCUUGGCAGGAGACCUCAACGUGAACCCUUGGAGCAAAGCCUUCAGGUGGGCGAAAAGGAAGGGCGCUCCCCCAAACACGGUGCAGGGUAACCUUCGGAGGUUAGAUGGUUCCUACACAGAGACCGUUGAAGAAACGGCGGAACUAUUAUUGAAGGCUUUUGUCCCAGAUGAGCUGGACGGUGAAACCUCCGACUACCAUGGACCUCUGGAUGAUCGCGGGGAACCACCCUCGGUCUCGGAGGUUAAAGCCUCAGUGUGGCGGGUAAAGCCAAACAAAGCGCCCGGACUAGAUGGACUCGCCGCCAAAAUUAUAAGGAAAGCAUGGCCGGUAAUCGGGCCAACCCAGACAAAACCCUAUGGCACAGAGCUAAGAAAGAGCUACUUCCCCAUCAGCUGGUGA